UCGUGCUCCAAAUUAUAAAGAAUAUUAAAAGAUGCCAAGCCGUUGCUGUGUGCCAGAGUGCAAAAGCAAUUACGAUAGCAGUCUUAAAAAGAAUGAACAACCAGAAAGCACUUUUUUAUUUCCAAAGGAUCCAAAGCUGCGAGAACUUUGGUUACAGUGUAUCCACAGGAAAAAUUUUGUUAUUGGAACAUCAGCGGUAGUAUGUGCCAAACAUUUUUAUUCUGAUGACAUCGAGAGAGUUAGAGAAUGGGUAGAUAAGGAAGGCAACAAACAUGUAGAGAAAUUAACGAAUCCUAAGUUAAAACCUUCUGCAGUUCCUCGCAUUUUUCCAAUUCAGGAUGUUUCUAAAUAAGUGCGAAAAACUUUAAAGGGAAAGGAACAAAAUGCAAAAUUUUGACGCCUGUCAAAAUUUUCAGUGUAUUUUAAAUGCAAUCAUUUUUUUCGAAUUCUGAGAAAACUAAUAAGUAUUUUUGAAAAAUUUAAACGCUGAAUGAAAGAUUACUUUAUUACCGAGGGCCGAAAGUCCCUUAGAAUGAAUGAAAGGUUGUUUUUGAAUGACAUAUUUGAAACUAAAAAUCACACUAAAUUUUCUUAAUUUUUCGCCCCUGUAACUUAUUAAAAUAAACAUAGAAGUUUUCAGGGACUUUCGGCCCUCGGUCCUA